AUGUCUGAAACAUUGGGUGUUGUGAGCUCAACGAUUCAUCCACCGCGAGUCGUUCCACAACAAAAAAGUCUAUUCCUAAAAAUGGAUGCCAACGCCGAAUUCGGAGUAUAUCAAAAUUACAGUCGCCUGAUGGCCUCGAUCAACGCUUCGAUGUGUCAAGAGCAACACGAUGGUAUCCUGUAUUGUCCCAAUCACACCAGCGGGCCAGUAUGGGUUCGAAACGUUUAUCCGCCUAUACAGGAGCUCCAACCAAAAGUUCUCAUUGUGGUUGUUGUCUUUGUGCUUUGUUUUAUCGUCGGAGUAUGCGGAAACUCGUCGAUUAUCACCAUUAUUCGGGGAGUUGUGGAAGAUCGAAGAAAACGAAUGAAACGUCACGGUGACAAUGCGAUCCUGUACAUCGGUGCUCUAUGUGUCUGUGAUUUCGUGAUGUCUCUCUCAUUGCCUCCAGCCAUCUUGGACUCUGUAAUCGGAUUCUGGAUUUUUGGUACAACAAUGUGUAAAGUACAUCAUGUGUUCGGAAGUGUCGGUCGAAUCGCCUCUACGUUCUUGAUUACUGCAAUGUCAUUUGAUAGAUAUGUGGCUGUCUGCUAUCCACACCAGCAUCGUCUUCGCAGCCGUACUUUUGUGAUUUCCACAAUUGCUUGCCUCUCAGCAAUCGCUUUUGUUCUUCUCCUUCCAAUGCUUACCUAUGCUAGUGCAAAAGAAAUGGUACUCCAUGAGUUGAAAGCUCAUGAAUCCGCAAAUAUCACACGUGUAAGAGUUUUCAAGUGCUCCGACAUGAUGCCUGGACCUAUUUUCUAUUGGUUCACUUCGACAACCUUCAUCCUUGGGUAUGUGGUUCCUCUCAUCCUGAUCGUCUACUUCAACCUUAAACUCAUCAACAAAUUGUAUGCCCAUAAGCGUGUCCUCCCUCGUUCUGCAAUUCCAGUCCGUCGAGUUGUCGUUUACACUGUUCUCAUCGCUGCCGUGUAUUUCGUUUGCUGGACUCCAUACUGGUUCUCUGUACUCUAUGCAAUCAUUAUGUCGCUUCUCGGAAAACCGACAACUAACUCGGAAUGGGUAUUGUUCGCUAUUUAUUGUGUACACUUGCUUCCCUACUUUGGAUCUUCAAGCAAUUGGAUUUUAUAUGGAUUGUUGAAUACACAACUACAGAUGAAAAAUGACAUUGGAGAUGAUGGGCAAAGCAUAAUGACUACAAAUGGAGUUCCGGACAUGCCUAGAAGAUCCACAUCGCGUGGAAUCUGUGAUGGAGCCACGUCAUCUCGCUCAAUGCCAACCACCAGUACCCCUCAAUGGCAAGUGGAUCCAAUGUUGACACGUGGAAAUUCAGAUACGAGUAUGGUGUUCUACCAGGACACUGAACAAACACAUCUCUAG